CGUCGCCCCGCCUCCUCCCCCGGGGCCGCGUCCCAGCCUCGGCGGCGGCGCUCAGAGCGGGAGGAAGGCGGCGCGGCCGGCAGCCACCGAGACCCACCCGCGGCGCGACCCCCUUCGGCCCCGCCGCGCCCCGUCUGCUCGCUCGCUCACCCUUCUUCCCUGCGGCCGGCUGCGCCAUGGCGUUGGCGUUGGCGGCGCUGGCGGCCGUUGAGCCGGCCUGUGGCAGCCGGUACCAGCAGUUGCAGAAUGAGGAGGAGCCUGGAGAACCCGAGCAGGCCGCAGGCGACGCUCCCCCGCCUUACAGCAGCAUCUCUGCAGAGAGCGCAGCUUAUUUUGACUACAAAGAUGAGUCUGGGUUUCCAAAGCCUCCCUCCUACAACGUGGCCACCACACUGCCCAGCUACGACGAAGCCGAGCGGACCAAGGCGGAAGCCACUAUCCCCUUGGUUCCCGGGAGAGAUGAUGAUUUUGUGGGUCGGGAUGACUUUGAUGAUGCAGACCAGCUGAGGAUAGGGAAUGACGGGAUUUUCAUGCUGACUUUCUUCAUGGCAUUCCUCUUUAACUGGAUCGGCUUUUUCUUGUCCUUCUGCCUGACGGCCUCGGCUGCAGGAAGGUACGGGGCCAUCUCUGGAUUCGGGCUCUCUCUCAUCAAGUGGAUCCUGAUCGUCAGGUUCUCCACCUACUUCCCUGGAUAUUUCGAUGGUCAGUACUGGCUCUGGUGGGUGUUUCUGGUUCUGGGCUUUCUCCUGUUUCUCAGAGGAUUUAUCAAUUAUGCAAAAGUUCGGAAGAUGCCAGAAACUUUCUCAAAUCUCCCCAGGACCAGAGUUCUCUUUAUUUAUUAAAGAUGUUUUCUGGCAAGGACCGUCCUGCGCUUAUGACUUCUCUCUCAAGAAGCAAGAGAACACCUGCAGGAAGUGAAUCAAGAUGCAGAACACAGAGGAAUAAUCACCUGCUUUAAAAAAAAUAAAGUACUGUUGAAAAAGAUCAUUUCUCUCUAUUUGUUCCUAGGUGUAAAAAUUUAAUAGUUAAUGCAGAAUUCCGUAAUCAUUGAAUCAUAGUGGUUAAUGUCUGAAAAAGCUCUCGCAAUCAAGUCUGUGAUGUAUUAAUAAUGCCUUAUCUAUUGUUUGUAGUCAUUUUCAAUAGCAUGAGCCUAGUCCCCGCAGUCAGUAGGGGGCAGUCUUGCUUUAUUCAUCUUCCAUCUCAGCAAGAAUUUGGAGUUAAAUAUUUUAGUGUAAGAUAUGUAUAAUGCUGGCCAUUUUAAAGGGGUUUUCUCCAAAGUUAGAACUUCGGUUAUGACUGCAUUUCUGCACAUCAUCCAUAUUUGCUGUUAAAGUUAACCUAGAAUUAUUCAGUUGUACUGUGAACACCUGGAGACAAAAAUCAUAGUGCAAAAUACAUUUAAAGUGUGGUCAAGAGUAUGUUCUUAAUUGGUAAGUAAUAAGCAUCGAUUUUUUUUUUUUAACUUUUUAGCCUGUACCCUCAGUCUUGCAGUACCUUAUUGUUCUGUGUUGUGUACCUAAGGGAUGCUAAAGGUGUUAUCACUAAAGUAGAAGGGACAGUGACAAAUGCAGCUUAAUUACUAAAAUAUAAUUCUCCAGUGAUAGGAGUUCCUACUCCUUUUCUUUCUUUUUUUUUUUUUCCUUUUGUCUCCCGAUGAUUAAACCAACAGCUGGGAGUAGGGAGGGGAUUAGACCGCAGGAGCAAAGAAGCAAAGGAAGGAUUAACGCCCGCAACCUUUGAGAGGAUCCCUAACAUAGGAUUAACUCGAACCUUUGAGAUGAUCCCUGACAUACUGUACUACUUGCUUUUAUAAUGUGUUAGCAGAAACCCAUGUGUUAUAAAUGUAGACUGAUGUGCUUUCUGCCAAGUGGUAAUUCACCUUGGUUUGCUAUGUCAAAAUUGUAAAUACAACCGAACAUUAAUAAACGUCUCUUGUGUAGCAACUUUUGCUGUA